UCCCACGCAUUGUGUUCUCCCAGGUGACCUGCCAUCACCUGGCCAACGCGAGCAGGAAGCAGGGCUGCCUCUCGCCACGAUGAAUCUGGAUAUCAUCGCUUUCUUCUCCUCCCGGCUCUCGACUGUACGCAACCCGCCCUUUCCGACCUGCGCACUUCUCCUCCGGUUCCAGCCCUUGCCUCGCCCGAUUUGUCUCCACAGCCAGCUUCCUAAUCUCUAACGGAGAUGAUUGGCAGGGCAAGGCGGGGCGUCUCAGCAGGAGACCCAGCUGGGAAAUGUGCUGCUGCACCGCCCAGCUGGCCAGUGAGAAAAUAGCACCUUCGCCGUCUGACGCCCAAAACUGACGGCAAAGUUAGCCCAGAGGCAUGGAAGACACGGCAGUCGCCCCCGCCGAUAGCGCAGCUAUGAGCUACGACGUGAUCGUGGUUGGGGGAGGCAUCUCAGGCAUGUCAGCAGCUAAAUUGUUGUUUGAAUCUGGACUUAGUGUGGUGGUUUUAGAAGCUCGUGACAGAGUUGGGGGAAGGACUUUCACCAUUAGAAACCAGCAAGUGAAAUAUGUCGAUGUUGGUGGAUCCUAUGUGGGACCUACACAGAAUCGGAUUCUGCGACUGGCUAAAGAACUUGGCAUAGAAACUUACAAAGUCAAUGUACGUGAGGCUACCCUCCUACAUACAAGGGGAAAUUCCUAUUCAAUGUAUGGUAUCUUUCCCUCCACAUGGAACCCUUUCAUAUAUCUAGAUUACAUCAAUUUCUGGAGAACAAUGGAUAGACUGGGAAAAGAGAUUCCUGCUGAAGCACCAUGGGAUGCACCACAUGCUAAAGAGUUGGACAAAAUUUCAAUGAAACAGUUCAUUGACAAACAUUGUUGGACAAAAGCUGCCAGGGACUUCGCUACAAGCUUUGUCAACAUCAAUGUCACUUCAGAGACACAUGAAGUCUCUGCUCUCUGGUUCCUGUGGUAUGUGAAGCUUUGUGGAGGAACCACCAGGAUUUUUACUAUAACCAACGGAGGGCAGGAGAGAAAAUUUAUCGGAGGUUCUGGACAAAUUACAGAAAAGAUAAUGGAACUACUCAAAGAUAAAGUUAAGCUCAAGAGUCCUGUAGUCCAUAUUGACCAGUCAGGUGAUGACAUCAUUGUGAAGACACUGAACCAUGAGAUAUAUAAGGGCAAGUAUGUCAUUAGUGCCAUUCCACCGAUAUUGACUGGAAAGAUUCAUUUCACUCCGGAACUGCCAACAAUAAGAAACCAAUUAAUCCAGCGCCUCCCGAUGGGUUCUGUCAUUAAAUGCAUGAUGUACUACAAAGAAGCCUUCUGGAGGAAGUUGGGUUUCUGUGGUUGCACAAUUAUUCUGGAUGAUGAUGCUCCCAUUUCAGUAACGUUAGAUGAUACUAAACCAGAUGGAUCCAUACCUGCUCUUAUGGGAUUUAUUCUUACAAGAAAAGCCUUUAGACUAGCAAACAUUAGCAAAGAAGAGAGAAAGAAAAAAAUCUCUGAAUUGUACGCUAAAGUGCUAGGAUCAGAAGAAGCUUUACAUCCAGUGCAUUAUGAAGAAAAGAAUUGGUGUACAGAACAAUAUUCUGGAGGCUGUUAUACAGCAUAUUUUCCACCAGGCAUUAUGUCCCAAUAUGGAAGAAUAAUACGUGAGCCAGCUGGUAGAAUCUACUUUGCUGGCACUGAGACAGCAACCCAGUGGAGUGGCUAUAUGGAAGGAGCUGUGCAGGCUGGAGAAAGAGCUGCUAGAGAGAUAUUGUACAGCAUGGAAAAAAUUUCAAAGAAUGAAAUUUGGGUAACAGAACCAGAAUCAAAGGAGGUUCCAGCACUUCCAAUUACCAUUACAUUUUGGGAGAGAAAUUUGCCAUCUGUUCCUGGACUGCUGUGCUUUCUUGGAUGGUCUACUUUCAUCACCUCAUUGGCUACAAUUGGAUUCUUUGCUUACAAAAAGGGGAUUCUUUCCCGAUAAUGUAUCUGAGCCAGAAUUUUCCAUUUAUUUCUUUCAUGCUAUGAAUGUUGUUUCUGAAAAAGCCAUCUUUUAUGCCCUUUGGAACACCUGGGUUAACACAUCCCAGCCAAUUUAAUUCAUCUUCCUUUAAAACACAAAGGGAGGCAGAAAAGAUUCUCUUUUCUUUCCUCAGUGACUUCCUGCUUAAAAGUUGGCAUGAUAUGAAGACCUCUCAUCAUAUCUUUCUGUGUAAUAUAUACUGUAAUGAGAACAAAGCAAGCUUGUCAUAAUCUUUGAAAAAUUUUCACUUAUCUUCACGUUUCCAAAAUCUAAGGACGAACAAAAUUACUGUUGAAGGCUUACUCCAACUCUCCCAGUUUAUGUCCUCUGGUUGUGUUGAACUGCACUCUGUGCUGUUGGAGUUUAAGGGAGAAAUGCAGCCAACACAUCCUUCAGCUCUAGAGGUGGGGAAUGGGUAGGUACUCUGUGGCUUGUUAAACUGCCUUCAUAUUCUGUCAAGGGCCUGCUAAAUUUCAUAUGCUUCUGUUUAAAAAAGUAAAUGCUGCAAAAAGGACUUGCUUGCUUUAUGCUAGGAUUACAUUCCCUCAAAACCUUGUAUAAAACCUUGUAUACAUAAUGUGAAAAAGGGAGUUGUGGGCUGUGGUGUUAAAUUCUGUAAUCCAAAUACAUUUACAAAUAUUCUCAUACAUUUCUAUAACCUUAUUCUUUGGCAGUAAACAACUCACAUAUGUUU